AUAUAUGUGACUGCCAUUAGGAGAAAAACUGAGAGAGAGAGAGAGAGAGAGCUGCUAGAAAUGGCGGUGACUAUUACCGCCGGUAUUCUGAUCGCGGUGGCGCUGUUGCCUGCUGCUUUGGUUAUGUGCGGCUUCCCGGCGACUCUGAAGCUGGAGAGAGCGUUUCCGGUUGGCCAACGAGUCGAAUUGAGCGAACUCAGGGCUCGGGACAUGGCCAGGCAUGGAAGAAUGUUGCAGUCGUCUUCUGGUGGUGUCAUCGAUUUUCCCGUCCAGGGUACCUACGAUCCGUACAUCGUCGGGCUUUAUUUCACCAAAGUGCAAUUGGGUUCCCCUCCAAGAGAAUUCUAUGUGCAGAUUGAUACGGGAAGUGAUGUUUUGUGGGUUAGUUGUAGCGGCUGCAAUGGUUGCCCCGAAACGAGUGGACUCCAAAUUCAGCUCGAAUUCUUCGAUCCUGGGAGCUCAUCAACAGCUUCAUUGAUCUCUUGUACAGACCAGAGAUGCAGUGUUGGAGUUCAAUCAUCAGAUGCCACUUGCUCUAGUCAGAACAAUCAGUGCGCAUACGCAUUCCAGUAUGGAGAUGGCAGUGGGACAUUGGGCUAUUAUGUAUCAGACUUGAUGCAUUUCGACGCAAUUCUUGGGGGUUCAGUGACCACAAAUUCUUCAGCUCCUGUUGUUUUUGGGUGUAGCACUUCGCAGACAGGAGACUUGACAAAAUCAGAUAGAGCAGUUGAUGGGAUCUUCGGGUUUGGACAACAGGAGAUGUCUGUCAUCUCACAACUUUCUUCACGGGGAGUGGCACCAAAAGUAUUCUCCCACUGCUUGAGAGGGGACGAUGCUGGUGGUGGUUUAUUGGUGUUCGGUGAAAUCGUGGAGCCUAAUAUAGUUUACAGUCCACUUGUCCCAUCACAGCCUCAUUAUAAUUUGAAUCUUCAGAGCAUUUCUGUCAAUGGCCAAACAUUAUCCAUUGAUCCAGAGGUAUUUGCAACAUCAAGCAACCGAGGAACCAUAGUUGAUUCUGGGACAACUUUGGCAUACCUUGCAGAAGAAGCGUACAAUCCUUUCGUCGGUGCUAUAACAAGUGUUGUUUCACAAUCAGCACAACCAGUUCUUUCCAAAGGAAAUCAAUGUUAUUUAAUUACCUCCAGUGUCGCCGAUGUAUUUCCUCAAGUUAGUUUAAACUUUGCUGGUGGCGCAUCCAUGAUUCUAAGACCUCAGGAUUAUCUCCUACAGCAAAAUUCCGUUGGUAGCUCUGCAGUGUGGUGCAUUGGAUUACAGAAAAUACAGGGUCAAGGGAUAACAAUUUUAGGAGACCUUGUCCUCAGAGACAAAAUAUUUGUUUAUGAUUUGGCUGGUCAACGAAUAGGAUGGGCUAACUAUGACUGCUCAAUGUCAGUAAAUGUCUCUGCAACUACAAGUGCUGGGAAAAGUGAAUAUGUCAAUGCUGGACAGAUAAGUGAGAGCAGUUCAGUGCAAAAUGAGCCUUACAAGGAGAUUGUAAUAAGCGUGAUUGCUUUCCUAAUGCACAUAUCACUGCUUGGCAGCUUCUUGUCUUUGUAGCAUACAGUGAAAAAGGCCUGAGACUCUGGCAUUCUUUUUUUCAUUUUAUAUUCUCUUGCCGGUUUAUAUUAUUGCAAUCGGCAAGACCAUGUUUCCUUGUUAGAACUUAGAUUACUGCUUCUCAUUGCACGGCUUGCAAUAGGCCUGUGGCCUCUGGCCUCUGGCUCUGAAUAUUUCUUCAUGAGCCUCAUAGAAAUGCACGUUUGUAAAUUACAUCCUCACAGAUUAUUGGUUUAAUAGUAGGUUUCAUUUAUACAACCUUGUUGUGUU